AUGUCAACAUCAACAACAGAUACAGAUAAAUAUGAUAGACAAUUACGUUUAUGGGGAGAAGAUGGUCAAUCCAAAUUAGAAAGAUCACAUAUUUUAUUAUUAAAUGGUAGUGCAACAGGUACAGAAACAUUAAAGAAUUUAGUAUUACCAGGUAUUGGAAGUUUCACAGUUGUAGAUAAUAAAAAAGUAACAGAAUCAGAUUUGGGUAAUAACUUUUUCGUAGAACGUUCAAGUCUUGGUAAACCACGUGCAACUGUAGUUUGUGAAUUACUUCGUGAAUUGAAUGAUCGUGUUAAAGGUUUCUCUGUUGAAGAAUGUCCAAUUCAUUUAAUCAAUAAUAACAUUUCAUUCUUUAAAGACUUUUCAUUGGUUGUCGCAAAUAGAUUAUCAGAGGAAGCAUUAUUAACACUCUCUCAAUACUUAACUGAACAAAAUAUUCCAUUAUUAAUUACAAAUUCUUAUGGUUAUAUUGGUUAUUUAAGAAUUUCAACACCAGAACAUCAAAUUAUUGAAUCAAAACCUGAUGAUCCAAUUGAUGAUUUAAGAAUUUAUAAUCCAUUUAAACAAUUAGUUGAUAUGGCUGACGCACUUGAAUUGGAUAAAUUAAAUACUCAACAACAUUCUCAUGUUCCUUAUGUAUUAUUGUUAAUUAAAUUUUUAAAAGAAUGGAGAUCAACUCACAAUGAUAAAAUGCCAGAAACAAGAGCAGAAAAAGAUGAAUUUAAAAAGUUUUUCAAUUCUCACUCUUGGAGUGCCGAUGAAAUGAACUUUGUUGAAGGUAUUCAAAAUUUAUUAAAAUAUAUUCAACCACCAAGAGUACCAGGUGAUGUUCAAAAUUUAUUAAAAGAUCCAAAAACUAAUAUUACAGAAAAUUCCGAUGAUUUCUGGGUAUUGGUUGCAGCACUCAAAGAAUUUAUGACAAAUAAUGAUAACACAUUACCAUUACAUGGUAAUGUACCAGAUAUGACCUCUGAAACUCAUAAUUUCAUUCAACUUCAAAAAGGUUAUCAAGAAAAAGCAUUAGCUGAUUUAUCAGAAUUUUCAGGAUAUGUUGAUCAAAUUUUAACUAAAGUUGGUAAAUCAUCAAUUUCAUCAGAUUUAGUAAAGAAAUUCUGUAAAAAUACUCGUUUCCUCAAUAUUAUUAGAUAUAGAACUAUCAGUGAAGAGUAUAAUCAACCAAAAACCAAUUUAAUCAAAUCUGAAUUAGAACAAGCUGACACAGUCAUGGUCUUUUAUAUUCUCCUUCGUGGUAUUGAUAAGUUUUAUAAAACCUAUCACAAAUAUCCAGGUUCAUCCGAUGAUUUCGAAUCUGAUAUUCCUUUAUUGAAAACUGUUAUCACUCAAUACUUGGCUGAAAUUAAUAUUUCAAAUGAUUUAGUUAAAGAUGAUUAUAUUGCAGAAUUUGUAAGAUUUGGUGGUUCAGAACUUCAUAAUAUUGCAUCAUUAAUGGGUGGUGUUACUUCUCAAGAAAUCAUUAAACUUAUCACUCAUCAAUACACUCCAUUAAACAAUACUUUUAUUUUCAAUGGAAUUAAUAGUACUGCUGGAUCAUACAACCUUUAA